UCUAGAUAUUCUAUGGACAUCUUUUGAACAUGUGUGUUGUUAGGAAAAUAAGAAUGACUUGAAAUCGCGGAUCUUAUACAUUAUUCAUCGUUUUGUACAUACUUUCUGUGGUCUUAGUACCUUCAUAAAAUUUACAGUUAUAUCGAAUCAAUAUGGCCGCAAAACAGAUUGCAGUAGAUCCCACGAAAUUAAAAAUAAAUAAUUCGACGAGGCCGGAGAGGAUUCUAUUGUUUAGCGGCAAGAGGAAGUCUGGAAAGGAUUACAUCACCGAUAAUUUGCAUCAAAGGAUUGGCUCGCAAAGGAGUAUAAUUAUACGAUUAUCAGGACCCAUAAAAACACACUGGGCGAAAUCUUUGAAUCUUGAUAUCAACCAAUUACUGGCAGAUGGAGAGUACAAGGAAAAAUAUCGACUUGAGAUGGUUAAAUGGGGAGAGAAUAUGCGAAGGAAAGAUUAUGGCUACUUUUGUCGUGCUGCUAUUGAUAUGUAUGAUGCAUGGAAUAAGUCAGUGUGGAUAAUAAGCGAUGUCAGGAGAAAAACUGACAUCAAGUGGUUUAUAGAAAAUUUUGGAGAUUUAUGUAAAAAUAUACAUAUAGUUUGCUCUGAAGAAGUUAGACAGAAACGUGGCUGGAUCUUUACAACAGGUAUAGAUGAUUCAGAAACAGAAUGUGAUUUAGACGACGUGAAUAAUUGGGAUUUAUUGUUGGAGAACAAUAACAAUAGCGAUAUAGAAGCUAUACUGCAACAGUUAUUAGGACUAGUUAGUUAGCAGGAACUUUUUUAUUCUGUUAAAUGCACAAUAAACAAUGUUUUAUUACUUUGUUUCCUUGAGUGAUGAAAUUUUUAUAAGAUUAUUAUUAAUAGUCUAAUA